UCGUGACCACGUAAUCUAGCCUAGUUAUGUUAUCAUGCGAGUUCUUCUCUAGAAAUAGCGUUGGGUACAUAUCAUUUGGCGCUGACUUUCAGUUAUCUCUAUUUUCAAUAUGGGUCUUAAAGCUUUGCCCUUCUGAUAGAUUGCGUUAGUUAGUUUCGCAAAUUGCAAACUGCAAGUAGUUGCAUUCAAAUAUUAGAAUUAGACGGUUGUGCGAUGGCGCGUUGCAAAAUCAUAGUCUUUACUUUUCUGAUUGCUGUUAGUGUUUGUAAUUGGAGUGCCGUAUCAGCUGCUGGUCGCACUCUAUGCAGAACUACAGCGAAGAAAGUUGGCUACUGUGCCCAGUUUGAGAAUUGUCCGGCUAUGCGUGAUGUUAUGUUAUUUCCGGAAAUGCUAAAUAAUAAUGACUGUGAAAAUUCUGGAAUUAGUGGCGCGGUUAUCUGUUGUCCAUACACAGAACGAAGAAUGCGUCAGCGGAAAACGACUACAACAGCGCCCCCCACAACUACAACUACAACUGCAACCACUACCACACCAACAGCAACACCUACAGCUGCUGCAUUCCCCUCUCGCAAUGAUAAUGACGAAGAAAAGAAUUCUAAUAGUUUGACAAUGGAAAACUUGCAUCCUGACGGUUUGGCAUUGCUGAAUAAACAUAAAUGCGGCAAAGUACUAGAUGAUCGCGUGGCGAAUGGUGAAGAUGUGGCUUUCGGUGAAUUUCCAUGGGUCGCAAUGUUGCUCUAUGGCGAAAAGCAACCUCUAUGUGGUGGUUCAGUAAUCACAGAUCGUUUUAUUUUGACGGCAGCUCAUUGUAUUAAAAGCACGUUAAAUCUUGUGCGCUUGGGCGAACACGCAGUCUCCACUGAAGUAGAUUGCAUAGCCAAUGUAUUGUGUGUUACAUACCAGGAAUUUGGUAUCGAAAAAACAAUUAAACAUCCAGACUACGAUUAUGCGACCAAAAAGGAUAUCGCUUUGAUCAAGCUUAACGAUACUAUAAGAUUUUCAAAUAGACAUACCACUCGCUACCAUGUCAAUAUUAAACCCAUUUGUUUGCCCACGACACCCGAGGAAUUUACGCUAUUACCGGAUAGUGAUUUAAUCAUAGCUGGCUGGGGUCUUAAAGAGAAUGAUGAACCUGCUGACAUACUCCAGAAAGGAUUACUAAAACCCGAGGCGUUAGAAGUUUGUAAGCGCUUGUAUGCCCGCUAUUCGGUUGAUGAUUCGAAAAUCUGCAGCCGUUCUGUAAAGGAUAUGGUUUCUUGUCGUGGGGAUUCUGGUGGUCCAAUGUUUUGGAAAACUCGAGAUCGCACUCGCCCGGGUUAUUUUAAAAACCGUUAUGUGCAAAUUGGCUUGGUAUCUCUUGGCUAUAUGCACAGGUGUGGCAAUUUGACUAAUGUGCCGUUUAUGUUUGAAAACGUCACACAUUCAAUGGCAUGGAUAACACAUAAUAUUUUGAGUUGAAAGGAUGUGUUGGAAAUUUGUUUCAUAUAAGGAGUUACUAGAUUUAACAGUAUUUUAAUAAUAUGUAAAUUAAUAAUUUUGUUUUCAGAAAGAAAAUAUAUGUAGAUACUUAACAUGUUAAUCUGAAAGCAUCAACCGACUGAUCUAACUGGAAAUGGUCAGUAUUGAAGUAAAUGAGC